AGGGCCCCGCCCACGAACACAAAGUGGGAAGAGGGGUGCUGGUUACGGCGCCAUUAUUCGUGGCGCAUCGCAUAUAAACAGAGGGGGCCCCGUGGCAACCCUCACAGCGGCAUCCUCUCGCUAUCGCUCCUCUCGUGGCUGAUCCUUAACUUCAAGUUGUCGCUUGUCGAGUGUAGCAAGGCCGCCCGCCGGUGUCGCUCGUCGCCGACAGACGUCAACGAUGGCCUUCGUGGUGAAGGCUUAUUUGCUGCGCAAGGAUGAGUCUCGUCCGGAGAUUCGCCGUGUGGCCAUGGACGUGGAUGCAAGCAGCAGCUUCAUCUACCUCAAGGGGAAAAUUGCCCAGGCCUUCCCAUCCUUGGCCGAUGCAGGCUUCAUCAUGCAUUACAAGGAUUCGGAGGAUGACCUCAUCGCAUUCUCCAGUGACCAGGAGCUUAUGGAAGCUCUGGGCAACCUUUCCGAGGAUGUGUUCCGCGUGUACAUCAAACUUGAUCGUGGGCAGCGCAAGAAAGACACUGGAGAUCUUGGUGGACACGGUGGACAGGGUGGACAGGGUGGACAGGGUGGAUCGAGUGGACAGGGUGGACAGAGUGGACAGAGUGGGCAGAGUGGACGGAGUGGACAGGGUGGACGUGGCGGGCACGGAGGGCACGGAGGGCACGGAGGGCAUGGUUGGCAUGGAUGGUACGGGGGACACGGUGGACAUGGAGGACAUGGGGGACACGGGUGGCACGGGUGGCAUGGCGGCAACGUACACCCCCACGUGGUCUGCGAUGGCUGUGACGGCCCUGUGAUUGGAGUGCGAUACAAGUGCUCUGUGUGCCCCAACUACGACCUCUGCCAGAGCUGUCGUGACAAGGGCACACACGGCGAGCACGAGAUGACCACCAUCCCCUUCCCUAACUGUCAGCAGCAAGGGCCUCACGCCUGGGCGUGGUUUGGCACCCCUGGGCCACAUGGUACCCCUGGGUCACAUGGCCCGCAUGGACGACAUGGGUCCCAUGGCCCCCAAGGGCAUUCCUUUGAUUUUGGCCGCCAUGCAUUUUGGGGGAUGGGCUGUCCCAUGGGAGGAUUUACCACAAGUGCUGGGGCCUCUACAAGCUUUGGGACCUCUACGCAUACAAGCUCAAAUUUUCCUGGAGCCACCCAGGCUGAAGAACCAGCAGCUGAAGCACCCCAAGGAGAGCAGGCAAACCCUGCAGCGGACUUCCUGCAGAACAUCGGAGAGAAUGUGGCGGCCAUGCUGGGCCCUCUUGGUAUUGACGUGAGCGUCGAUGUAGAACAUGGUGGGCAACGACGUCGCUGUGGAGCUCGUGCCGGCUGUGGUACUUGGGAGGCCAGGGGUCCAUGCUCGGGAAAAGAGAAGACCAAGGGAGAGAAUAAGGAGGAUCCCAAGGGGCAGGGAAAGGGAGAAGAGACCAAGGGGCAGAGUCCAUCCAAGGAUGAUGAACUUGGGAUGGAAACCGAAGAAGUCGCCGACAAUGACAAAGCCACAUCUCCAGCUCGGGACUGGGAGACUGGGGAGGGGCCAAUGGGCGGAGGCACCACCGCCAUGGAAACGGUGCCCAGCAGCACCAGCAGCAGUGGAGGCGCUGCCAUGGCUACAGUUAACAACACCAGAGACAGUGUGCAGGGCUCGCAGGUGGGGGAGGCAGGAGGCGAUGAUGAGUGGACCUAUGUGACACCUGGGGAUGAUGCAGUGGGGGGCUCACGGGGGAGCACAGGAGGAUCGCAGCAAGGGGCAGGAGGGUCGGAGAGCGCUGAGCCCCUCAAGGAGGAUGGAGGAGGCCUGAGGGAGGCCGCCGCUUACCCCAACCUUCCCAAUGAUGCUGAGCCACGUCUGGUUGAAGCUCUGGCGCAGAUGCUUUCCAUGGGCUUCUCUGAUGAGGGCGGAUGGCUCGUCCGUCUGCUUCAGACCAAGGAUUGCGAUAUUACACGCACACUCGAUGCCCUGCAGCCGGGUCAGGGCAAGCCCCAGUGACCGCAACUAGUGGGAACUAAGGUCUGGUGCCGUUCCCUUGCGACUCAUUCCCAUGACCAGUUUUAGGCAACCGAUUUUAAGUUGGUCCACCUUGACUGUUUACCUGAACAGUGUGGGGAGUGGGUUAUUACAAUGGUUGAUAACUGGGAACCUUAUGCUGUAGGCAUACUGUUAUUUUUAUUUACUAGGUGAGAAGCAUGAGUUUACCACAUUGUUCAAUAACCACAUUGUUUUUAAAACAGCAACAAAUGGCAAUAGCAUUCAUUUUUUUAAAUUGGUAAACUCAACCUUAAUAUGACAGUUUUAAAAACUGCUAGUUUUAGUUGCCAGUGUAGGGUUUAAACCCAAUUUAAGGAGUUAUUUGCAAAAUGACAACCCGCUAUACAUUACCCCCACCCAACCUCACAAUUUUGGUGACAGGCUGCACAGUUCAUGGAAGCCUAAACUGGUGUGAAUUUUGUCAGUUUAAAACUGGUCAUAGAAAUGUAUAUAUGCUGAUCUAAAACCCCUCUGCAUUAUCUUCCUUGCGCUUGCAUUGUCUGUUGUUGUUCUGCUGUCUUGCAUAUGCAGGACCUCAUUCCUGUUUCCUCCUCCCAUGAACACUGCUCUCUUACCAAAGUUUAAAAUGAUUUUUCUCCAUACUCUUCCUUGCUGUCUCACUUUGUAUUUCACGUUCUCCAAACCCCAGUUUGUAUUUUCAUGGUCUCAUUCUCGUUCCAUUCCCCAUUUUGAGCACGUUUCCUGGCAGUAAUCAUAGCCCUGGCUGGAUGACACUUAGCUUUGUCAAUGCUGACCUUUAUUCGCUACAGGUCUCAUUCAGCUUAAAACAACACCGUCUAUAGUUUUAAGAUGCACGGUGUUGGGUGUUAAAAUAGUUCCUGAUUUAAUGUGGUGAAUCAUUGAUGUAUGUAAUGUGCUGCAUGUUUUCUGUGUAUCGCAGCUAAAUAACAUGCAUACAUUUUUGAAGGUGAUUGUUAUGUUGAAAGUAAUGCUGGUUAAAGUGGUGAUUGUUAAAGGUUUCUUCUGAUUAAAACUAUCGUUAUACACGUAAGCUGGUGUUGAUGGAAGCUCUGUAAACCCAACGAAUAUCCAGAGUGAUUAUAAAAAUAUGCUUUCUGUUAACUGUAUAACUCUACCACGCAAGAAAAAAUAAAAUUUAAAAUGUUUA